AUGACACCGUAUGUGAUCUCCCAUCUGCAUGAAAGACUGGAUUCCGACGUUAACUAUUCCUUCGGCAUUUGGAUCUCCGCUGGAUCAAUCUCGUUUUACGCAUCCAGUAUGCCAAUUUCUGGUCUCUUAGCACAAAAAGUUGACAUUUUGAAGCUGGUUGCCAUUGCUAGUUUCUUAAACAGUUUGAGCCAUUUCGCAUCUGCCUUCGCAUUAACACAGCAUAAAGUGCUGUUUUUCUUCACCUACUCGGUCCUAACCGGCAUCUCCAUGGGCCUGGCUUUUGGGAUCAUUCUCCAAACAUCGCUCGCAUGGUUUCCAAGGCGAAAAGGCCUCGUUGUGGGAAUUUGCACAGUCGCUUCGGGUCUGGGCUCCACUCUACUUGCGCCUUUUCAAACUCUCUACAUCAAUCCUAACAAUUUGUCACCAAAUAGCAGUACUUCCAUGUUUGAAGACAGCGAAAUUCUAAAUCGUACGCCCCAGUCCUUGCAAGUAACUGGCAUUGUUGUAACAAUUCUUGCCGCAAUCGGAAUUUCACUCUUUCGUCUAAGACAAGUGGAAAGUUCAAAUGAGGCGAAAAAUAAUGUGGAUGAUGUGCUCGAGGAUAAUCCAGGCUACAAUGACUUAAAGGAAAUUGAAGGUCUAACGCUUGGUGAAGCUCUCCGUGUACCAAAUUUCUACCUAUUCAGUGCGAUUGUAUUUUCAUCCUACUUUUCUGUUAGUGUCCUCAUGGCGAAUGUUAAGACCGUUGCCCAGACAGCCAUUCGAGAUGAUCGAUUUCUUAUGAUCGCGUGUACCUUGGCCGAGGUGCUGAAUAUUAUUAGUCGGUUCUUCUGGGGGUUGGUGUCUGACUGGUUGUCAUUCAAAGUACAUUGCUAUAAAAUGGGUAUUUUAUUAAUGCAAAUUUAUGAUUAUAAACGCUUUAAUGCUUGGGCAGGUGGAAACGCAAAUACAGCCGAGAUUAAAUUAUAUCUUAUUAACGAAGAAAUAGCUGCUACUAUUCCACUGAUUAUAAAUUGCAUCGUCUACGGCACAAUACUGAUUACCUUUCCUUAUAUUGUCUGGCUACCUGAUGUCAAUCGUGCCUGCUUUGCAAUUUGGACAAUGCUACUCUUUCACUGCCUGGCGGGAGUGUCUGUUUUAAUUAGCUUCGGCGCCGCCGCCUCUUUUGGAGCCAAAAAUGUUGCUUCCAUAUUUGGCAUGAUAUUUGCAGCCUCGGUUCCAUCUUCAAUCAUCUGCUCUCUAAUACUUUAUUUCAUCGAUGUCAGCAAAGUAAUUAAAGAAGUGUUCCUUGCGGCUGGACUUGCGUCUUGUUGCGGUGAGUAG